GAAAAAUCGAACAGUAUAAAUAGCCAGAACAAAAUUAAAUCAGUUAGCAUUUUCGUGAUACAUUCCGACAACUGGAUAAUUGUGACACAGCACACUGGCGCUUAGUUCCAGUCCCCAGCAACACUCGUUUCACAGUAAUCAUUUCGAAGUAUCUGCUACCAAAUUACAACAACCGAAAAAGUGAUCUCAAUUUGCGACAGCUGUGACAGAUUUUUUUUUUUUCGUUCUACCUAGCCCAUCGAAUAGAAUUCUCAAAGAAAAUGAAAUACGAAACAUCUGUUCUAUUGAUACUAUGUAUUGGGUUUGUGUGCAGUGCACCGCAAAAUACUGGUGAGCAAACAACUCCGAUUCCAAUUUUAAGUCAAGCAUCAAACAUUGAACCGGAUGGAUCAUACAAAUACAGCUACGCAACAGGGAACGAGAUCAACGCCGAAGAAACCGGUACGCUGAAAAAAGCUUCGAGUCCAGAUAGUAACGACGCCAUUGUUGCCCAGGGUUCAUAUAGCUACAAGUCACCUGAAGGAGAAUUGAUUACACUCCAAUAUGUUGCUGAUGAUGUUGGAGGGUUCCAGCCACAGGGAGCUCAUUUGCCAACACCACCCCCCAUUCCACCAGAAAUCCAAAAAGCUGUCGACUACCUUUUAUCGUUACCACCGUCAAACAACAACCAGUAAUCACACACAUACACACACACACACACACACACACAAACUUAAAUCAUAAACAACGAGAGAAAUAGCUAUGAAGUGGAGGAAAACUUAUAAAUUUGGUAUUCAGUUAUCGAAACAACAAUCAAUCAGACAUAUGGACCACCACAACGACCACGAUAUCAACCGAUGUUUUAAUUGAUUCUCGACCAAAAUAACACACACACCUACACAAAAAUGAAACCUCACACGAAAAAUGGAAAUGCAUUAUUAAGAACAUUAUAACCGCACUGCAACCAUAGUUGCAGCCAAUCUAUUUAUCCAAAAUUAUGUAUACAUUGAUUUAUUAUUAUGCGUUUUGCUUGAACACUUUUAUAAUAAUCGCAAUAAAUGUUUCCGGUUAGAUUUUGCACACAAA